ACGAACUCUUUCUCUCCACCGCGUGCGCAUAGAGGGUCUCGCCGAUGGCCGCAGUCAUGCAAGCGAAUUAAGCUCGCCACGGACAUCCUUUUCCGUGAUUGCUGACGCACAGCCUCCGCUUGCGUAUCUCCCCGCGUUACCCCGAGCGAACUGGACGAUGGUUACGCGCAUCUUUUACGUGGAGAAGCCGCCCAACAGUGAUGGGACCAGCUACAACGAUGAAAGCUGCGGAGCCAGGACAGGCCGCAAGAUGCUGGCUGCACUUGGUGGGCUCAAGGAGUCCUGGCGUUUCGUGUACCUCAUAUGUGUGCCCAUCCUCCUUCUUCCUGUGGCAUUAUGCAUCGGAGGAAAGGCCGGUUGGUGUGCCUACAUCCUGCUUUGGAUGGCUUUCUACUGGUCGGUGGAGGCCUGUCCGCUCGCAGCCACUUCGCUCAUGCCGGUGUUCUUGUUCCCGUUGUUGGGGAUCCUGUCAUCCAGUAAUGUGGCUAGUUUUUACCUGAAUGAUAUUGGAAUCUUGCUGCUUUGUUCUCUAAUCAUGGCUGGAGCAGUGGAAACAAGCAACUUGCACAAGAGAAUAGCCCUCAGGUCUUUACUCGCCAUAGGAACAAGCAAUCUCAGGCUUCUUCUUGGAUUUAUGCUAGUCACCAUGUCAUUAUCCAUGUGGAUUCCCAACACUGCGUCCACGUCCAUCAUGGCACCCAUCGUCAUGGCUGUGGUAGACCAGAUGCACGCCUCCACUAAGUCACAUUCCAAAGAUGUUGAAAGUUCGGACCUAGAGUCUCUAACGAGGCGACAGGAGCCAGUUCACAGAGAUAACGAGAAGGCAAGCGGCAAGGAUUCGUCCAAUGCUGCUGAUUCUGAGGAGGAUUCUAGACAGAAGAAACUCCGCACAGUUAUGCUGCUCUCCGUGGCAUAUGCUGCUAACAUCGGAGGAACUGGAUCUCUCGUUGGCACGGGACCAAAUCUUGUACUCAAGGGUCUUAUGGACGACAUGUUUCCCGAGUCUACCGAGUUGACCUUUGCCACGUGGAUGCUUUACAACGCGCCAACCAUGCUGAUCUGCGUACUCAUUGGAUGGGGCUACCUCCUGCUUUCCGCUAGGAAAGAAAUGAGAAGCCCCUCGUCAGAUGCAUCGGCAGAAAAAGUUCGCGAGGAAAUUGCCGGGAGAUACCGGGACCUGGGUCCCAUGAGUUUUCCGGAGUGGUGCGUCACGUUCUUAAUGUCAUCAAUGAUUCUUCUCUGGUUCACGAUGAAGCCCCAGAUGUUUCCUGGCUGGGUCGAAGCGAUUCCUUAUGCGAAAUUCAUCAAGCCGUCCGCCCCCGCCAUGCUGGCGAUGUUCCUGCUGUUUGUGAUCCCCAAGGACCCCCGAAAGCCCAGUGGCCGAGCCCUUAUCACGUGGCGGGAGGCCAGCGAGCGUGCUCAGUGGGGGGUCAUGAUUCUCGUCGGAGGUGGCAUGUGCCUCGCUGAGGGCUGCAAGCAAUCAGGCCUGUCAGCAAUGCUAGUGCAGCACCUGAAGAGCCUUGACGUGCUUCCGAAUCUGGUGACGGUCUUCGUCCUUUGCUUCGCCGCCUCCAUGUUCACCGAAGUGACGAGCAACACGGCCGUCAGUUCCAUACUCUUGCCCGUCGUCUGCGAAAUGGCAAUAGCGAUAGGCGUGCACCCAUUGUACCUCGCAAUGCCGGUAACGAUCGGCUGCUCCUUCUCCUUCAUGUUGCCUGCUGCCACACCUCCUAAUGCCAUCGUGUACGAGCUGGCGAAGUUGAAAAUCCCUGACAUGGCAAAGCCGGGUUUCUUCAUGAACAUGCUCUGCGUCGCGGUGGAAGUCGGCAUGAUUCACGCGAUAGGAUUUCCCAUCUUUGGCUUGGGGACGUUGCCCGAGUGGGCAAGGCACACCGCUGCGACGAUCUCUCCCACGGCUGUGCCAAACGCAACAAACGUGAUCACGUUACCCACAAUAUUGUCUACAUUGAAUUACACGCAACCGACGUGAAAGGCCUGAGUGAGGGAUAGAAGCACAUUCCUGUACAUUUUACGGUUAUCUUCAAGGAUCUCAGAGGUGGUACCGUUGUAGUUCCUACGUGUAGUGCAAGUGAUCAACAAGCCGACUGAAAAAUUCAAUUCCGAGAACAUGUGUUUUUCAGCAACAAGAAAAUACACCGUAUUUGACUAAGAUUAGCCAUUGCCAGGAUAACUUCGCGUGGAAUGGAAGAUCACCAGUCCUGAGCCCGUUAUUUUUUUGUCGCUACAGAUAGCGCUGUACUGACAAUAAGUGCCGUCAAUUUCACGACAUGACAUAGCUGUAGCCUCAACAGCACUGAGGCAGUACACUUAAAAAAACUCGCGAAGGAAAACGUUUUGAGAGUGGAGCAGCCGGAGCCAUUAAUGAUAGAUGACUAAGCAACAGAAACCGUGCUUCUCCAUGAUGAAGUCACGAGCAUUUCAAAGAACCUCUUACCCUGCUUUCUCGAGCUGCUACAAUGCGUAGGCUUCUUUACUUUGUUUGCCACACCAAACUAUACAUUUAUACAAACGGUGCGCUCCCCUUCAACGCUUUCGGACGCGGCUCAACUGUAGUCCUGCAGCGUCAAGGACAACCGACCUGCGCGUUCUCUUGGUCUUCAGUUGAGAGCAGUGAAAGCCACUUUGCUCCGAUUUAUGCUGUUGCCGAGUUGUACCGUAAAAUCCCGAGCAAAGCACCACUAGCCGAGCAAGCACCCCCCUCCCUUUUUCUGGAGAUUUGAAAUAUCCGCCAAUGACCGAGCAUGUGCCCUUCCUGUCCUCCUCCAGCUAUUUUCACUGCUUCAUCCACUGUUUUUAUUCGCUUGACGAGGGCUGAUAACGACAGGGAAUGCACGCCUAUUCAAUAACGCAUUUCAUUGGAAGCACGCGCGGCUCUUCCACCGCCAUCCUGAAUUUUGAUCCAUGACCGCGCGAGGACCCCCCCCCCCCCCCAAUUUUGUUGGAUUAACUUUCACCGGAGAGAGGACGCUUGCUCGGGAUCUUACGUACUGUAGUAAGUUGAGCACAAUCAGAGAUAUUACUUACGACCCAUCUGUUGACUGCCUCUAAGCAAAACGAAUUCGCGAGGAAUCUCUUGUACGAAAAAUUCACGCCGCUGACAUCAUAGCUUGCAAGUUUACGCAAUAAAUUAGAAAGCAAAGCAGUUCAGGUAUUUGUGCACAGCGUCCCAUUAAGCAUUCUUGCAAAAUUCCUGUCGAGAAACGGGUGGGACUUGCUUUUGUCUUCAUCGAAUCGUUGUUUAAAUGUUACACCUAACUUAAUGUGAUUCUUACUUCGUGUCAGAAACACAAAGGAGCGUUAGUGUAUGAUGUGAGGCGAAUGUCUUAGCUUCUGUGCCUGCCUUUGGAGAAAGGACUGUGUAUAAAUGUAUAUACGAGACAUACUGACUGAAUCCUACUGAAUGCGCGAGCCCCAACAGGCCUUUUUUAGAGCAUUAUCUGUGUGAAUGUUCCAUUUGGAGUGGUGCGGUCCAUAUCACAAGUCGUGAACGUUUGCCGAAUAUAUUUUACGCGCCUUUAACAUCGAAAAGCUCCGCUAGCGCUUCCUUUCCACCAAUAUGCGCUUGCAUUCUCCUACACAUACCCGCAAAAAAAGAGAAUAAGAAGCUUAUAUUGCUACACUACUUUGCUUUAGUCUAAGGAAAGACAGUCCAAUCUUAUCAAAUAUUAUUGUAAAUAUGCGUGUGAAAACAUGUCUAACGAGGUCCUUACAGCGUUUUUGGUUUUCGCAAUUAUGCCAGUACGUAAUGUAACUGUAUUUGAUUGGCUGAUGAACGAUGUCGGUUGAUGCAGGACGUACACUAUUACUAAUAGUCAUGUCUGUACGUACUCGAUAUGUAUGUAGGACUCAAUAGGAUAUACAACUGCCCUACAACUUUAUUCAUAUUCCUAAAUAAGGACAUUAGUGCGAUGCCUCGACUUCAAACACGUGCCAUUUUCCAAGAACCACGCAAGAAGUGAUGCUUUGGUCUGUCUGACAUCGGCCCUGUACAUACAAUGUAAAAAGUGUUUGAAUAAAAAAGAAAAUGUAA